CGUGAUGGCCAAGAGGAUCUUUGACACCUACUCCCCCCACGAGGACGAGGCCAUGAUCCUCUUCCUCAACAUGGUGACCCGGGGACGUGUCCUCAUCUUCACCAUCAAGGACGAGGGGACGUUCCACCUGAAGGACGCGGCCAGGAACCUGCUGAAGACACUGGGCAGCCAGGUGUCCCUCGGUCUCAGCUGGAGGGACAUGUGGACCCUGGUGGUGAAGAAAGGAGGUCAGGUCUACGGCGAGAGACACUCCCAGUCCCCAGCUCUGUCCACCUGGGGCGACCCGGUUCUGCUGAAGACCGAGGUACAGCUCACCGCCGCUGAAGAGGCCGAGUGCCACUGGGCCGACACCGAGCUGAACCGGAGGAGGAAGCUCUUCUGCAGCAAAGUGGAGGGGUACGGGAGCAUCUGCAGCUGCAAAGACCCGGCGCCGAUCGAGUUCAACCCCGACCCGCUUCCCAACAACAACGUCUUUAAUGUUCCGGUGGCGGUCAUCGCAGGAAACAGACCCAACUACCUGUACCGGAUGCUGCGGUCGCUGCUCUCGGCUCACGGCGUCAACCCUCAGGUGGUCACCGUCUUCAUCGACGGCUACUACGAGGAGCCGAUGGACGUGGUGGAGCUGUUUGGACUGAAGGGGGUCCAGCACACCCCCAUCAGCAUCAAGAACGCCCGCGUGUCUCAGCACUACAAGGCCAGUCUGACCGGGACCUUUAACCUUCACCCUGACGCAAACUUCGCCAUCGUCCUGGAAGAAGACCUGGAUGUCUCUGUGGACUUCUUCAGGUGA